GACUGAACACUGUGACGUCAAUUCUUUAUUUUGGCCUCCAAUCGCUGUGGAUGUCCUGCGCUACAGAUGUUGUGCGCUCCCUGCGCAGUGUUAUCAUGAUACUGACAAACGGCCUUUAGCACCGCAUGUUUUUUAAAGAAGCAAAGGUGCUCACCUGUGAUUCGAGAUGAAUUGGAUAUGAAACAAUAUGAUGCUUUUUCUUUUGCGUUAUAUGUUUUUUGUGUUGAAAUAAGGGCCUCAUCCGUCGUGAAAAUACCUCUGAGGGAUGCCAUUUAACUGCGUAAACAUAAUGGCUUUGGCUGAGCAUCAUCGACUCAUUACGUGUGUGCUGCUGUUCUGUAUAGUGACUAGCAUUCAAACCCGGUUCUCUCAAACAUUAGACUUGAAAUCUAAAAUAUCGGGGGUGGAGGAGCUCUUAGAGGAAUUCCGCAAGCAGCUCCAACAGGACCAGACGUAUACCAGGGAGGAGGAAGAGGUAGUUGACGUCUGUCUGGCUGAUUUCAACGCGGUAGAGGAGCACAUCAUCCGAGCGACUGCCUCCAUUGAGCAGGGAGCCACCUUCCUCUCGGCUCCUGACCGGGUGUACAGUUGGAAAGACUGUCUCCAUGCCUGCUGUGCAGACCCUCACUGCACGGUGGCGGUGGUCCAGGAGGACAUGAGACAAUCGGACGACAGCCUCAGCUGCUAUUUGUUCAGCUGCACCUAUAGAAAUAAAAACAUUUGUUCAUUCGCAGCACAGGCAGGGUUUAGCACCUACAGUCGGGCUCACAAUACAACAGGACACCUCAUCUCCUCCAGUGGCAAUAAAGAUGUGAACAAAUUGGUCAAUUUGAUUAGGAGACCUGAGGAAAACCCUAGAGUUGAUGAUGGCACUCAAAUGCCAGACAUGGACGAGCCGCCCCGCAGUAAUGCCGGCCAGGAUGUAGUUAUCCAGCUGCCCACUGACUGUGCGGUACUGGACGGGCGGGACAGUGUGGACGACUAUGGGGUCACCCGCUACGAAUGGGCCCUGGUGAAGGGUGAACCGGCCAUCAACAUGAAGGUGACCCAGCCAGGGUUACUGAAAAUCAGUGGUCUACAGGAGGGUUCCUUUACCUUCCAGAUGACUGUCACAGACACCGCGGGACAGAAGAGCUCAGACAAUGUCACUGUGACAGUGCUGGCUCCAGAACACCAAGCUGAAGUUGAUGGGAACAGGAAGUCAAUGACCCACCCUGCAGGUCUACCCAGCCCACACAAGCCUGUGGCCCAGCCAGAGGAGACUGGGGACCACUCCAUGGCCCAGGGUGGACCCAGGAAGACCAUGGAGGAGGCCAGACCAACUCCACCACAAGCCCCACAGACUCCACAGUCUGGUGACUGGAGCAAGGCAGUGCCCCGAGUCCUACCACUGCCAAGUCACAGUGAACAGGAGAGCCCUGUCCGUCAAGAGCCCUGUGCAGCGCCCCCUGCUGUGGGGCCAUGUAAAGGCAUCUUCCCACGCUGGUUCUAUGACCCUGUGGCUGAAGAGUGCAAGCACUUCAUCUACAGAGGCUGCAAGGGCAACCACAACAACUUCCUGCAGGUGGCAGACUGCGUCAAUGAAUGUAUAAAAAGAACAGGUCCCGCUAACAAGCAAACAACAUUGGCACCUCCCCCCACCACCAAACACACCGAGACAGUCUUACCCAGUACAUUUCCUGCGGAGGCCCCUAAAGUGACCAUGAAGUGGCCAGAGAUCAAACCACUACCAGAGCGUGACAUGUUCCCAAUAUCCAAACCACAUUCAGUAAUGGGAGGACACCCAGGGCCUGAGUCAGGUGCUAUACUGCCAUUGGCUCUAGGCCUGAUCAUCACGGCUUUGCUGCUGCUCAUGAUUGGCUGUCGCCUGCGGUUGGUCCGCCACAAGCUGAAGAAGGCCCGACCCCUCACCACUGAGGAGUCUGAUUACCUCAUCAAUGGCAUGUACCUGUAGCAGCAUAGACAGGGAUGAAUGCUCCACAGAACUAGAAUGAGAGGUUCCAAGUCCCUUCAAAUCAUUCUAUUUAUAUGGGAAACCCCAACACUGUCAGCCAGGUGGAGUCUUCAUGAUUACCGAACAAACUUUCUACACCACGACUGUGUACGACUUUUUCAGGUGCACUCGAUUUAGAUAACUCCACGUGCGAGGUAGGCGGCGAUCACUCUUUGGAAUGGUCCCCAAAGUGCAAACUCUACCCACACAGCACUCCAGGUGAGCUAAAUCAAACACAGCUUUUAACAGGAAAUACAUGUUUUUGCCACUUUUGUACACUCACUUAGUGUACAAACUGAUGCUCGUCUGCACUUAGGUUUGGAAAGAGAUGCUUUCCUUUUUCUUUCAUGAUUUCUUUCACCCUUAAAGAUGUUAUUUUAAUAUUACAACAAAAUGUCAAAGUCAUGGAUGUAUAUUUUCGUGGAGAUAUAUGGUACUUUAUCCAUUAUGUAAUACUCUUGCCACUGUUGUGCUAUGAUGCUGUAUAUCUAUUAGGCUUGGCGUAGAAUUAAACUUUUUACCAGACUACUUUGAAAUAUGGGGAUAGCGAGAUAUGUAAUUUAUUGUCAAUUCCAAUCAUUACUGAAAAUUAUUAUUUUGUUAUAAAACCAAGUAAUUCCAGAAAAGCCCAUAUCAAGCAUUCUAGGAUGUGUCUGAUAUGGUAUGUUGCUUUUCUUUAUCAUCUAUGUAGUUUCAAUGUUGAUGUGUAGAUGUAUCUCUAAAGUCUGUAUGCACACGGUUUGUGUGAGACAGUAAAGUUAACUCUUGAUCAAUGUCUUUUGUGAUUCUGUGCCAAAGGCUUAGGAGUAUUUUAAAUUGGUAAGAGAUGCAAUCUGAAUAUACAUUGUGGAUUCUUCCAUCUCUGUUCAGCUAUUAUAUUCCACCUUUUGCCACUCCUGUCAUUUGCCAAAGAUGUGUCAAGAAGUGGAACGUUAGCUAAAAAGUCUGGUACACAGACUAAAUUCUUCCUGCUCUACCACAUAUUUUUUAGAGUGGCUAGGAAAUGGCAGUAUAGAAGCCGUCUUCAACAGCAUAGACAGCUUGUAGCAAUAAACACUCCAUAGCACAAAAACAUAAGCAUAUUUUUAUUUUCAUUUUUGCCAUUCCAGAAAUUGUGAAAGCCAUAGCUCAUCCAAUAUUUUUAAACAGACAUUCAAUCACUUUGCAUUAAAAUGUAUUUUGGCAACGCACCGGCUACCUUGUUUCACACUCACACAUAUAUAUAUAUUGUAUGUAUGGCUCUGCUUUGUUUAGUGUCAGUAAUCAGUAAAGCUUGCAGUCUGGUCAUGGACACCAGAGGCAGCACACAAUAAAUCAUGGGGGAAAUCACAACCCUGAAUGUGUGCACGUGUUCACAUGUGUAUAUACACACUCACUCCCAUAUGUAUUUGGACAGUGAAACUAACAUUUUAAAUGUGGGUCUGUACUUCAGCAUUUUGGAUUUGAGAUCAAAUGUUUCAUAUGAGGCAACAUUAUAGAAUGUCACUGUUUAUUUUAGGGUGUUUUCAUAUUUGUUUUACUAGUUUAGAAAGGAAAGCACUAUGUAAGUAUUUGGACAAAUGGGCUUAUAGUGUAUUAAAGUAGUCAAAAGUUGAGUAUAAUUCUUAACGCUUGACUACAUCAAGCUUGUGACUAUACAAACCUGUGAUGCAUUUGCAGGUUGUUUUGGUUAUGUUUUGACCAAUAGAACUGAAUGAAGAAUGUAAUUUUCUUUCAAAGUGAGUAAUGAAGAUGUUUCUGAACCCUUCUACAUUAAUCCUGAUAAUAUCAUGAUUAAGAAAAAUCAUGAAUGAAUCAUGAAUAAUGAGUGAGAAGGUUACAAAGGCUGCAACAAAACAUGCGAAUCUCUCACCAUUACCAAUAACAGAGGUUAUAAUUUAGGGGGGGGGUCUUUGUACCUGUAACCUUCUCACUCAUCACUAUUCACAAUUUGUUCAAGAUCACCCAUAACAUCCACAUGAAUGUAGAAUUGUUAAGAAACAUCUUCUAUUCUUACAAUAUGUGACUCCUAAAUAACCCAAUACAUCAUUGCCCAUUCACUUCCUAUUAGGUGACGACGCUGAUAUAUGUUAGCAGAGCAGCAGUACAGAUAUCUAGUCAGAUCUUCAGAUGCACUCUAAAGUAAGUGGCUGAAUAAUCUCUUCAACUCAGGCUUUCCUCAUCACAACAGUCUUUACACUCAGCUUUGUUUGGAGCUGAAAUGGUUGAUUUGCAAAUCAAGAUGUAACCACAAAAACUCAAUCUUGCAGCAAAUCAAAAGGAAAAUUCACAACCCAAAAAAUGCAGGCCAAUAUAUAUAUUUUAAACAAUCCCCGACACAUUCUUCUGUUCAUUCUCCAGCAGUCGUUAUUCCGACCUCAGGGGUUAUUCCUCAGCAUGAUACUCUAGGUAGAGUUAAAGGAGAAAAAACAAAAUCACCAUGGUUUGUUGUUUUCAAAGAAAUCCAAUGGCUGUUGUUGGAACCCAAAGUAGUCUCCUCCAGGUUCACAUUGAAAUGUGGAAUAUGGACAGUCUGUCGCCUCAAAGUUCAUCCCUGUGAGAAAGAGGCAAAACAUUAAGAGAUGGACAUAAAGAGUAAAUACACUAUGUCAAAUCAUAUCCUCCCUCGUCAUGCAACCGUAGGUUAGAGUUAGACACUUCCAUGCACAAACUGUUAUAGAAUGCCCCACACCAUGUGCAAAAUGCAAAUGUCCCUAUGGUUAUUUGAUUUCUCCAUCUCUUCAGAUUUAACCAAUGAAGAACUAGUAUAUUAUGCAGUAGGGGAGAUUGGGGUAAGUUGAACCAUUUUUUACAUUCAGCAUCACUCUGUCAAGGGGAAUAUAGUAUUCUUUCUAACAAAGAUAUAUAUCUACAUAUAAUUCAGGAUGAGGUUUCCCUGGAAAUAAUCAGCAUUUAUGUAAAGAAAACAGUUCUGAAAACAUUGCUUGUUCUUUUAGCACAACUUACCAUAGGUAUGGGGUUAAUUCUGUACUGAAUAAAAUAUUACCACUACCUUUUAAAAAAACUUGUCUCUAUUUCGCAAACACAAUUGCUUUUUUGUCUUUUAAUAAUUUUAAGCAUAUUUUAACACAGGCUUAUAUUCUACCUCAUAUCUUAGUGAUAAUGCCUUGCAUUAAACCUGGGAAGUAAACACUUCAAUCUGCUCAACUUUCCCCAAGGAAAACAUUUUGACUAUAUUAGCCGACACAGCUACAAGGAUUGACUUUCAUGCGGUUUAGAUUCUCAUAUUGUA